CCGAGGCCCCGCGGCAACUGGGUCGGUUGGGACGGAACUAUGGAGGCGAAGUCCUUUAAUCCUUCGGUCAAGUCCUCGCGCAGGCGUGGCCGAAGCGCUGUCAGCCUGCAAGAUGACAUCCGCCAACUGUGGACUACGGCCACGCUGUCUCAGUCAAGGCUGGUCACGCCGCUGUCCAACGUCUGUGAGCUCUCGGACUUGGACUGCAGCAGCAUGAGGAGUGAGACGAGCACCCAGAGGAUGAUGGAGCACGACUCAGACGUUGGUUGGGGAGCCUCGGAUGACGGAGAGGACAAGAGCAUCUUCAAGGGAGAGCUGGAGGAGCAGACCUCCUUGAAACUCGAGCUGGACCACGGCAGCUCCGUGGGAAGCUCUCAUUUAGAGGGGGAGGAAUACAAGUCCGAGAGCGAAAAGUCUUCCUCAGAAUUAUCGAUCAGUAACUCGAAGCAGGCACCCCAUCAAGCCUACUGGAUGGAGCAGCAGAACAGGUUGCCGCUGCCUCUAUUGGAGCUGAUGGAGACUGAAGCUCUGGAAAUCCUCACCAAAGCCCUCCGGAGCUACCGAUCAGAAAUCGGCAAGGACCAUAUCCUGACCCAGCAGCUGCAGCGGUACAUCGAGGGGCUCAAGAGGCACCGGAACAAGAGAACGCACGUCUUAGCGCACUGAAAGCACCGCUUGGGUCUCGAGUGACCGCCCGGCUCUAGCCCCAUCCCCAGACCCAAGCCCGACCCUAACCCGUGGAAUUUGAGCCCUAGAAAAAUAAAAGAG